AUGUAUAUUGCAGCGGAGGAUAUUGAAGCCGGAACUCAUAAGCCCAAGUUUCAGACAGAACCUACUCUGCCAAUAUAUCUGAAGUUUACAGAUGUGACCUACAAGGUAGUGAUUAAAGGCAUAACUGCAACUAAGGAGAAGGAUAUCUUGAAGGGGAUCACUGGUUCUGUUAAUCCUGGGGAAGUUUUGGCAUUGAUGGGUCCUUCAGGAAGUGGAAAGACAUCUUUGUUAAAUCUGCUAGGAGGAAGGUUAAUUCAAUCCACAAUUGGAGGCUCUAUCACUUACAAUGACCAACCUUAUUCCAAGUUUCUAAAGAGCAGGAUUGGAUUCGUGACACAAGAUGAUGUUCUGUUUCCUCACCUUACUGUAAGAGAAACAUUGAUGUAUGCUGCCCGCUUAAGAUUGGCAAAUACGUUAACGAAAGAACAAAAGGAAAAACGAGCUUUAGAUGUCAUCGAAGAGCUGGGAUUGGAGAGGUGCCAAGACACUAUGAUAGGAGGUUCCUAUGUUCGAGGAGUAUCCGGUGGAGAGAGGAAGAGGGUUUGUAUCGGCAAUGAGAUCAUAAUCAACCCCUCUCUUCUGUUUCUUGAUGAACCAACUUCUGGUUUGGAUUCUACAACAGCUUUAAGGAUAGUUCAGUUGCUACAAGACAUAGCAGAGGCUGGUAAAACCGUUGUGAUAACAAUCCAUCAACCAUCAAGUAGACUCUUCCAUAAAUUUGAUAAGUUGAUCCUUCUAGGAAAAGGGAGCUUGCUUUACUUCGGAAAAGCAUCUGAAGCAAUGGACUAUUUCCAGUUUAUAGGGUGUGCACCUCUUAUUUCCAUGAACCCAGCAGAGUUUUUAUUAGACCUUGCAAAUGGAAACGUAAACGAUAUUUCUGUACCAUCAGAGUUAAAGGAUAAAGUGCAGGUGGGAAAUGCUGAAGUUGAAACAUGCAAUGACAAACCAUCUGCUUCAACUGUACAAGAGUAUCUGGUGGAGGCAUAUGAUUCUCGUGUGGCAGAAAUAGAGAAGACAAGGUUAAUGAUUCCUGUCCCCCUUGAUGAAGAACUGAAGUCUAAGGUUUAUUCUUGCAAAAGAGAGUGGGGGGCAGGUUGGUUUGAGCAAUUUUCUAUAUUAUUUUCAAGAGGAUUGAAAGAAAGGAGGCACGACUAUUUUAGCUGGUUGAGAAUCACCCAAGUUCUUUCCACUGCAGUCAUCUUAGGAUUACUUUGGUGGCAAUCAGAUGCUAACAACCCAAAUGGUUUGCAAGAUCAGGCAGGACUUCUUUUCUUUAUUGCUGUAUUUUGGGGAUUUUUUCCUGUCUUCACUGCAAUAUUCACAUUUCCUCAAGAGCGGGCCAUGCUGACUAAGGAACGAACAACGGAUAUGUACAGACUAAGUGCAUAUUUCGUGGCCAGAACUACAAGUGACCUUCCACUAGACCUAGUGUUACCAGUGUUUUUCCUCGUUGUUGUUUAUUUCAUGGCCAGUUUGAGACUCAGUGCAGGUCGUUUUUUCCUUAGUAUUCUUACAGUUUUUCUCUGCAUCAUAGCAGCUCAGGGACUUGGACUUGCAAUUGGGGCUACACUAAUGGACUUGAAAAGGGCAACAACUUUGGCUUCAGUAACUGUGAUGACUUUCAUGCUGGCUGGAGGAUUUUUUGUGCAGAAAGUCCCCGUAUUCAUAUCUUGGAUUCGCUACCUCUCUUUCAACUACCAUACGUAUAAACUUCUACUCAAGGUUCAAUAUGAACACAUUACACCUACCAUAAAUGGGAUCACACUUGACAGUGGAUUCACAGAGGUUGCUGCUCUGCUAGCAAUGGUUUUUGGUUACCGUUUGUUGGCAUAUCUCUCCUUGCGGCGGAUGAAACUUCAAGCUGGAAAUUAA